AUGGGCACCGCGGCUACCAUUGCGCGCUUUCUGUAUGGAUCCAUGUCCGGUACGUCCUUGAGCACAUUAUCGUCGUCGUGUGCAACCACGGGCACCCGCCAUGUCUUAAUGUCCAGCACAUAUUACAUGCAUCGUUUGAUUGAACGAUGUCGCAAGGAGCCCACACAUGAACGCCGAUGCCUUGUCCAACCUUCGACGACCCUGCCUCCGGCCACGCUGUACACGAUCGUGACGAACGUGACGAACGUGACGACAAAGAUGAUGUCCGUCGUGUACCGGAUGCACACGAGACAGUAG